GUCAGUAUCACUUUAAUAUGACAAUGGAAUUUAGAUGUGACUUAUAAUAUCCUUAUAUUUUACAAUAGGGGGUACACUAUUCCAUAUAUAAAAUCACAUUCUUUUUUGGCACAAAAUAAUAUUUUUUCAAAAAGAUGUUUCACACAUGGUGCAGACAGCAAAACCACACAUCAUUUUUCUGUUUUGUUUGGUUAGGCUAUGUGUUAAUAAAUCAAAUUCUAACAACAUACAAAGGUGCAUCCCUGUGCCAGCAUCACACUGAAAGGUAAUGCAGCAAUUUCAACAGCUAUCAUGUACCACAAUACCCACAAUACAAGCUAACUGCUUGCACACAAAAGCUCAAAAACAAUAUUACACUGAAGGACAAGAAGAACUUUUUCUUUCCUCUGUAUGUUCAUGUACUGGGAAGACUCUACGUUGUAUAUCCCUAUCAAUUUGAUUUGUGGGGGACAAUCUGUCGAUAAAAAAACCAUGACAAUCAUGUACUCGAGUGCAGAAUUUACUCUUCCUCUAAGAACUCUCCCAUUAUCACACGGCAUUAUCACAAGGCAAUACGAUAGGGGAUUCCGAGCAGCAGCAGCAGGUCACAGUAACAGAUGACAGCUGACUAUGAUGCAUAUUGUACUCCCUGCUUGACAGCGUCUCUCCCUCCCACUCCCUCCUGUCUCCUCCUCAUUACAAGAUGGCGGCCCCAGAAGCAGGUUCAGGCCCGGGCGGCUCCUCCGGUGGAAUCACUGGGGGUACAGGUGGCUUCUCGGGUGUUGUGGGGCCCAGCACAAGCACCAGCAGUGUGAAUCCAUUUUUAAGUGACUCGGAGGAGGAGGAAGAAGAAGGGGGUGAGGAAGAAGAGGAGGAAGAUGAUGAUAACGAGGAGGAGGAUGAAGAUGUUUCCCCAUUAAAUGACCGUCCUGGUGCCUCGCUUGCUCCUCGUUACCUUCAGGAUGACGGCGACCCAGCUUUCCUGCCCAGUGCGGGGCUUCGUCUUUGCGCACAGCCUGGAGAGCCGGGGCGUAUGCCGCUGGAUGCAGUGGCCGCGCAGUUGCUGCGGGAUCAGCUGUUACUGACAGCACUGGAACUACACACCGAGCUAUUGGAGAGCGGUCGGGAACUACCUCGGCUACGGGAUUACUUCUCCAACCCGGGCAACUUCGAGAGAGCCACAGCGGUCCCGCCUGGAAUCGGCGGCCCCAUUACAGUCAGCACCGGAGGGCAACUGAACAGAGCUGGUAGUAUUAGUACACUUGAUUCACUGGAUUUUGCACGGUACUCUGAUGAUGGCAACCGAGAGACUGAUGAGCGUGUCGCAGUCCUGGAGUUUGAACUACGGAAAGCCAAGGAAACCAUUCAGGCUCUCAGGGUCAACCUGACAUUGGCUGCAGAAAAUGACGUUCCUUUGCAGGAACGAAAGAAUUAUAAAUCAAGUCCUGAAAUUCAGGAGCCCAUAAAACCUCUUGAAAAAAGAGCACUAAAUUUCCUUGUCAAUGAGUAUUUACUGAAAAAUAAUAACAAGCUCUCAUCAAUAACUUUUUCUGAUGAAAAUGAUGAUCAGGAUUUUGAACUUUGGGAUGAUGUAGGCCUGAAUACUCCAAAGCCACCAGACUUGCUGCAGCUGUAUCGCAACUUAAGUAACCAUCAAACUCUUUCAAAAGAUGUUGUAGACAUUGCAGUUGGUGUUAGUGAAGGUGACCUGGAGCCCAUCCAGGCUGUUAAACAAAUUGCACCAGACUCCCAUAUUUCCCAGCAAUCAGCAAUAAUUAAAGAACUGGAAGAUAAAAUUAUACUGUGCAACAAUGAGAAAGCUGCUUUGCUGGAGCAAAUUGGUAAUCUUGAGAGGCAAAUUGAAUCUCUUCAAUCUGCUGCAGAGGUUUGCACUGCUGCCCCACCAACCUCUGGCAGGUUGCAGAGUCAGACUUCAGAAGAGAGUGACCACUACAUAGAUAUCCGAAUUACAGAUAGUGAUGCUAAAUGUGAAGGAACAGAGGAUGGUCUGCCUUCUCAGCAAAGUGAAUCUGAGCCACUCUACCAGGUGUCACAGGAUAUCCCUCCCAGCCCUGACAUAGCAAAAAUCCGCAAGACGACACUUCUCUCUGCUCCACCCAGCAAAGACGGUGUCCACUUUGAUAAACCCAAUAGGAAACUGUCACCUGCGUUUCAUCAGGCACUGCUCUCUUUUUGUCGAAUGUCAGCAGAUAGUCGCUUGGGCUCAGAGGUUUCACGGAUUGCUGACAGUGAAAAUGGAGUUAUGAAGAUGCUUGGACGCUGUCUGCCUCAUAUUGUCCCAAAUGUGCUUCUUGCCAAGAGAGAGAGAAUGGUUGUGCAUCUCUGUCAGGAGUUGAUACCACUUAUACUGUGCACGGCCUGCCUUCACCCUGAGUCCAAAGAAAGAGACCAGCUCCUCCAUAUUCUGUUCAAUUUAAUCAAGCGCCCAGAUGACGAACAAAGGCAGAUGAUAUUGACUGGGUGUGUUGCAUUUGCUCGUCAUGUGGGACCAACCCGAGUGGAAGCCGAGCUUUUACCACAAUGUUGGGAACAGAUAAAUCAUAAAUACCCUGAAAGAAGGCUACUUGUAGCAGAGGCAUGUGGGGACCUAGCGCCUUAUCUUCCUAAGGAGAUCAGAAGUUCCCUUGUGCUGGCAAUGUUGCAGCAAAUGCUAAUGGAAGAUAAAGCAGAUAUGGUUCGGGAAGCUGUCAUCAAGAGUUUGGGAAUCAUCAUGGGCUACAUUGAUGACCCGAACAAAUACUUGCAGGGUUUUGAACUGCUUCUGACAGCUCUUGGUGACCCUUCAGAAAGAGUAGUGAGUGCCACCCAUCAGGUAUUUCUACCAGCUUAUGCUGUAUGGACCAUGGAACUGGGUAAUCUGCAAGCCCACCUUAUUCCUACCCUUCUGAGUAAAAUAGAAAAACUGCUCAAGGAAGGAGAGCAUGGUCUGGAUGAACACAAGCUAUACAUGUAUCUCUCUGCCUUGCAGUCCUUAAUCCCUUCACUAUUUGCAACUGUGUUGCUGAAUGCGCCGUUUACAAGUAAAGCCAAGCUGCAGGGGGAAGUGCCUCAGAUAGAAGUGACAAGAUUCCCUAGACCCGUGUCGCCUCUUCAGGAUGUGGCCACCAUCAUUGGGAGUCGAGAGCAGCUGGCUGUCUUGUUGCAGCUUUAUGAUUACCAGCUGGAACACGAGGGUACAACUUGCUGGGAAAGCUUGCUCUGGGUCGUAAAUCAGCUACUGCCACAGCUCAUAGAAAUAGUUGGUCGCCUCAACGUUACAUCUACUGCCUCUGUCCACGAGUUUUCUAGAUUUUUCUGGCGACUGUGUAGGACUUUUGGAAAAAUAUUUACAAACACUAAGGUGAAGCCUCAAUUCCAGGAAAUCUUAAGACUGUCCGAAGAAAACAUAGACACUUCUGCAGGAAAUGGAGUUCUAACAAAAGCCACUGUCCCAAUAUAUGCAACUGGAGUCCUUACAUGUUAUAAUCCGGAAGAAGAUCGUAAGCUGUUAAUUGGGUUCCUUGAAGAUGUAAUGACAAUGCUGUCAUUGUCAUAUGCUCCAUUAGACAGUUUAAAAGCAUCUUUUGUGGAACUGGGAACCAAUCCAGCAUACCAUGAGCUUCUAUUGACUGUGCUUUGGUAUGGGGUUGUUCAUACAUCGGCUCUUGUUAGAUGCACUGCUGCUAGAAUGUUUGAGCUGUUGGUGAAGGGGGUGAAUGAGACUCUGGUAGCUCAAAGAGUUGUCCCUGCUCUCAUUACUCUCUCCAGUGAUCCAGAAAUCUCUGUGAGGAUUGCCACUGUACCUGCUUUUGGCACCAUUAUGGAAACAGUAACUCAAAGAGAGUUAUUGGAAAGAGUUAAAAUGCAGCUAGCAUCCUUCUUGGAAGAUCCUCAGUAUCAAGACCAGCAUUCACUGCAAACAGAAAUAAUAAGGACUUUCGGGAGAGUUGGACCCAACGCAGAACCUAAAUUUAGAGAUGAAUUUGUUCUUCCUCAUUUGCACAAACUUGCUUUUGUCAAUAAUCAACAAUCUGUGGAUUCCAAGAGACUGGAUAUUGCUACCCAUUUAUUUGAAGCGUAUAGUGCUCUAUCCUGCUGCUUUAUUUCAGAAGAAUUGAUGGUGAAUCACUUUUUGCCGGGUCUCCGGUGUUUACGGGCUGAUAUGGAACAGCUGUCGCCUGAACAUGAGGUUAUUUUAAGUUCUAUGAUAAAGGAAUGUGAACAGAAGGUGGAAAACAAGACUGCCCAAGAGCCCCAGGGGUCCAUGUCCAUAGCUGCUAGUCUUGUGAGUGAAGAUACAAAGACUAAGUUCUUGAAUAAAAUGGGGCAGCUGACCACUUCGGGGGCAAUGCUGGCAAAUGUUUUCCAGAGAAAGAAGUGAAAUGACUUGUGCUACAGCGAAUACAAACACUAACAUGGACCACAAACACACUCCUUUGCUCCUUGUACUUGAAGUACCUAACCUUUUUAUUUCCUUUUGUUUCCGUCUUACGUACUUGUAAUAUAUUUUAUUAAACCUCCAAAGAAAUUUGCACUUCAUUUGAAUUUUGGCAUGUCUGUUGAUUUUGGAGUCGAUGCUGUAGUUGAACUUAAAAAGGAUUCUGAUUCUUUACCAUGUCUCUGUUCUGUGUUUUGUCUAUUUUUUUUUUUAUAAAUAUAUAUAUAUAAAUAUAUAAAUAUAGGGGAAAUAUUUUUUCUGAACUGACAUUGGCUAUUCUGUUAUAAAAUGCACAAAUUGCAAUGGUACUUAAUGUAAAUUUAAACUCAUUGUCAUGAAGUAAUAAAGUGGAAGAUUACUAUGUAUUUAAAUUA